AGAGAGAAGACGGUGACGAGCUUCCAGGCGGAGCGUUCGAAUAUACCAGACGCUGUUCUGGCGUCCUUCUGUCAAACGGCGUCCAGACGCCAACGGGGAAGAUAGUGUACAGUAUAUUCUAAGUAUAGACGACAGCGGCGGUGAACCAGUGACAGGAACGAGGAAUCCGAUCUCGUUGAAGAUCUCGUGAUCGAGCCGAAGAGUCUGUGAAACGGGAUGAGAUUCAAACUGCCGGGAUGCUGAACGCAUGGUCCGUUUAAAGGGACGCCGUAAGGAAGAUCGUUGCCAGAGACGAACAUCGGCAUGUUGCACAGUUCGCUGCCGCGGGCGUUCCUCGCGCCCGGGCUGAAUUACCUGGGUUACUACAGCGACGAGAUCCAUCAGCAUCCGUACGGUGCUACCAACUGGCACAUUCCUAUGGAGAAUCCUGCGGCUUACCCGAGGAUUCCUGAACACCACGUUCUGCAAUCAUGGGAUCUGUCGAGAUCGUCCACUCCGUGCCCACUGGAUCUGUCUCUGAAACCGCCACCCGCGUCCAGCACACCGAAGAUCGAAGUUCCCAUCGGAGACAAGAAGGAUCUAAGAUCUUUGGACGAGAUAGAGAAGGAGGACGUCAGAUACAGAAGGAACAGUGAAGAAUCGGGUACAUUGAUAGUAAACGAUUUCGACGUUCCUCGAAGUUCCUCCGUGCACAGUCAUUCCAGCUACGAACAGCUGCUGUCGAAAAAUGAAUCCUUACAAGAACCGAUGGAGAAGACCGUUGACGAAGCUACUCGAUUGGCUCCGUUCGUUCCGAAUGAGAUCGCAUCGAAAUAUUACACGCACAAUCAGAAACUCCUUCUGGCCAGUCCUAGUCAUCUACAGUCCGUACAAAGUUACCAUCAACAGCUACUGUUGACGCCGCAGCAUCAUUUGCAAGGGAUGCAGCACGCGCCGAUGACUCCACCGAGCACACCGUCGCCGCCGCAGUGCCCCAGAAGGAAAGUUAGGGAGGAAGAUUCCAGUCCGGCAUCGACGACCAGCAACGCUGUCUCCACUGGCUCCAGAUCCAGUUCCAGCGAGAAGCUGCUGCAGAGACCUAAGAAGAAACACGCCCGGAGAUUGAAGUUCGACGAGGACACCAGCAGCCCAGUGUCGGGCACCGUGAUCCUCGGCCCGGACGAGGCUGUAGUCACCGGCGACAUCGAUCCGGCAUUCAACAUCGUUGAAGUCACCGAAGAGGCGAGGGCGGAGCUGGCCAAGAUCGAGAACAGGCUCGGUCCUUAUCAGUGCAAGCUCUGCAGGCAGUUACACGAGGACGCGUUCCAGCUGGCUCAGCACCGAUGCUCCAGGAUAGCCCACGUCGAGUACAGGUGCCCCGAAUGCGACAAGAGGUUCUCCUGUCCGGCGAAUCUGGCUUCCCACCGGCGGUGGCACAAGCCGAGGCUGGCCAACGGUGAGCAAUCGUCCUCAAUGACGAGCAUCGAGAUACCGUGCACCAGGUGCGACGCCAAGUUCACCAGGCAGGCGGCUCUGAGGAAGCACUUGGCCAGCCAGCAUUCAGAAACGAACAACAACGUCGUGCUGGAUGGUCAGAGGGCUGCUGUUGGUAAGAACGACGCUGCUCAGGUGGUUUCAGACGCUGGGCUGAACACCGAGAUGCCCUGACACCAGUUCCCCGCGAGACCCAUGCCCAGAAGACCGGGUCUCUAUUGGAGAUUCGGUCUUGAUUUGUAAACAUUAAAUAUUCUAGUAGAUCAUUUCUAUAUUCUGAAAUUUCCUUUAUUACAUUCGUGCCAUUCCUUUCUUGUUUUUGUUACAAUUAUUUAAUUAGAAUUUUGUCAUUUUUAGUUGGAUCUGUAGUAAGUGCAAUUUGAUGUAUUUUUUGUUUUGAGCAGUAUACGUAUGUAGACUCAUCGACGUGUAUAAUUCAGUCCUUGCACGGUGCGUUUCGAGUCGUUUCAAUAAUUCAGUCGGUAUCACGUAGGGGAAUAGUACCGAAGAGAAUGUGCAAUUUAAGUAAUAGCUAUUAAUAAGACGAGAAAUUGAUAAUAGGAUUUAAUUUUUUAUGCUCGAACCAGAUUAUUUAAUCGCACAAUAUU